AUCGACACUGACUCUCUUCUCAGCCUGACCACAAUGCGCCUGUUCCCACCGUAACAUCUACCUCGCCACUGGACCUCUGCAUCGAUUCCUGUUUCUUCCAUACACACCACGUAUACGCGCACACACGUACAAGCAUGUCCCAAAACGAUCUCUUCCUCAGUUUACUGCGGCCCGCCGUCCUCCACAUUCUGCGCGCGACAGGCUUCCAACAUGGCAAACCCUCAGCCGUCGAUACUAUCGUCGACUUGACAGCGCGCUAUCUAUCUGUCCUGGCUGAACGAACUGCCUACAAUGCCUAUUCAAACCACAACGACCUUGUACCAAACAUCACCGACGUACGCAUGGCCAUGCAGGAUUGCGCACUCCUUGUGCCGACCAUGACCGCUGGAGAAGAACUAUGGAAGGAGAUAUUGCGGAAGCCGCUUGAAGAAUACAAUGUUGAGACAGGCGCACGCGAAAACGAAGCGGCACGACGUGACGCCGAAGAUACCGCAGACAUUACCGAGUUUAUUGAAUGGGUUAAAGGCGAGCAGAACAAGGAGAUUCGGCGCAUCGCAGGCACAUACAAGCCGGUGCCAACGAAUCCGACUGAGCAGCUUGACCAAGAGGAAAUGGAGGAUUAUCUGAAUACCCUCAUGAAAAAGCACAGCAAAACCGGAGUCGAAUCGCGUUUCCAAGGGACCGUCCUGGGCGUCCCAGCCGAGCCAAAGAUGAUCAAGAUUGAGGGAGGAGCUGCCGACUCGAUAGAAGAAUGGUGUCGUAAGAUGCGCGAAAGAGCGGCCAAAGAAGCGGAAUCAAAACAAGAGAAUCGCACUCUUCCGAAUCAUGCCGAAAUAAGAGAACCCUCAGAGGAUGUAGUGAUGGAGAUGGAAUGAACCCUAUUAAUCAAUUAUGGAAGCAUAGCGAAGGAGUUUGGUCACAUCAUUUUUCUG